UAAACCCUGUUCUCUGAGUAAACAUUCACGCUGUCAGUUUUACUGCCGUGGUUCAAACAGUUGCCAUUGACUCUUUAAGAGCCGAAAAUUGUCUUGGCUGCACGACCCGUUUAUGACAGCGUUUGUUCAGCACACAAAGCUUUGAAUGACCAGCAAUACGGACUUACCGUACAAAUGGCUGUUUGGAAAGUUCAUAUUGAAGCGCAGUCACUGGUGGGAGGAGUGUGAUUAUCAGAGAUGUGAUGCGAAUACUGGGACGUUAAGAGGUCCGCCCAUCGAACCCUAACGUAUGUUAAGAACUCACCAAGCGUUGGGCAUAUCGUGGGGGUGUGAUAAGUGGUAGACACAGCCACUUAAAGGAUCAAGCGACGUUUUGCAGUUAGUAGUUGUUAACAUUGGAAUUGUUAGGCUGUGCUAUUACAUAUAACCAUGGCAGAGAGAUCGGAGGUUAGUUCCAACACAGUUCUAUCCAGCAAAUCGACAUCGGACACCGUUCAACCAAGCAAAUCGAGAUCGAACACCGUUCAAACGAGCAAAUCGAGAUCGGACACCAAAGUUGAGACUGAUACUCGGACAGGGGCGGGAGUUAAUAGACUUUCUGAAACCACACAGAAAGUUAGUUUAAAGGAAGGGAGUUCAAGCCAGACGAAAAUCGCGUCCAAAUCCUCAACACCGAAAACUGGUAAAAUUAGGAGUCAGUCUGGCGGGAAAUCGGGAACAAAAAAGUCAACAAACAAUACUAAAAGACCGGGAAAAGUUUCAAGUAAAGGGAACUUGUCCAGAGAGACCAGUUCUGCUUCAAGACAAACAGAUCCGGGCAAGGAAAAGGAGAAUGUCGCGGACAGAAAAGAGGAAGAGCCCACCGAAACUGGAGUGAAGAGGGAACCAACCCAGUCGAGUUUGGCGAUCGCGGCAGUGAGUCAAGAAAACAGCUCCGAAGAAAAUGGGAAAUCUACUCAAGAGCCAAAAGCAGAAGGUGUCGACGAAGAAGAGGCAUUUAAAAAUGACGGCACAUCCCUUGUAAACGAAAACCAAGAGAUGCAGAAGGGCUCUGAUAGUCCAGAUGAGGCAGUACAGAAGGAAGUUGUUGAGAAAAAGAAGAAAUUCGAUAUUCGGGAAUUCACGGAAAGGAUGGGGGAGUUGUCUGCAAAGUUCUUGGAAGACAAGUUCACGCGAAUUGAUGACAAUUAUCCAGUGGACGAGCUCAUAUCUCUGAUAACCGAAGUAAACGAUGCUAUCGACCAUUACAAAAAGCAUACUCUGGCGGCGCAACAGCAACUUGAGACUCUGAGAGACCGGAUGCAAGAAGUUCGAGAAAACAUCCACAACAGUGUGCAGAUCAGAGCCUUUGAAGUCAGAAAAGAGAGAGAGCCAACGCUUGAACAAAAAGAGCUAGCCGCAAAACUCGCUAAAAUCAACGCGGAAGUCGCACACGCUAACGUGGAAUUGGCACGGCUCGUAAAGAUGGCUGCCGAAACAGAGACCUUGGCGCUUGAAGCAGUGGAGUCCGCAGAAAAUGCCGCAGAGGAGGCCGAACAAGCCCGAGCAGAAAUAGAAUGGCGCGAACGGAAAGAGGCAGAGAGGAAAAUCGAGGAAGAGAAGCGGAUUGAAGAAGAAAGAAAACGGAAGGAGCAUGAGCAGAAAUUGGAAGCAGAACGAGUGAAGAAGCAGGAACAGGAAUGGAAACGCCGGGAAGCCGUGGCUGCGCCUGUGGGUGGUCAGGAAUGGGAUAACUGGCCUACACACGUACUCGAGAUAUCUGGUUCACCUGAAAGCGAUGCUAUUGGCUGCAUCGUACGAGGAGAUCCCGCCCAUUUUGAUCCUGGCCGUGUGACGUGUGUUUACGUCAACCAAUUGGAAUCGUCUUUCGUCUUUGAGCAAAACGACGAGCUCGUGAGCCCUAUCCUCUCCUUGGAACCGGGAGACCCGGAGGAUAGCUUACAGAGCACAAUUUGUGUGGCCAUUCCAUUUGUGGCGACAAGGUCAUCUAUGCAUUCGCGAGAACCUGUGAUAAAGAUUGAGAUGAACGGAGAGUGGAAGGACGUUCUGACAAGAGAGGUUUCAUUUGAUGAUUACAAGGAGAAACGCUUUGCCCAGGCAGAAAUCUCGGAGUUUACCACUGUUGCCGUGGUGACGAGAUUUAAGCGGGAUUACGUCACUCUGUCAAAAAAGACCUCCAAGAUUUCGUUCAGUGCUGAUCAGAGGGUUUCAUUUAUGACACCGAGGUCGUCGUUCAACAACAAGGAGUUGCUUAUGUUACAGGUUCAACCCGUGGAUUCAAACUCUCUGAAUGACCUAAAGAAUCGAGACAAAUCCAUGAAUGGUCUGCUAAACAGUAGCCCUCUGGUGACCACAAAAUGGAAGAGAACCACUUUUAAUAAUACCGUUACAAUAACGGUGCCAUGUCCCCCUAACCCCGCGAAAGCCAAGAAGCUAGCCGCCGUGAGAGCGGCAAAAGAAGCUAAGAUGACUCAGCCAGUUCGCAACAAUCCAGUACCUCUUGACAUGCAGGAUGAAGAACCCAAGAAGAAACGCAAACCACAGAAGCAGCUGCAAUCUCAACAACAGCAAGAGCAGGAAGAGGAAAUGACUGUGCGCAGGACGGAAACGCGAUGGUACAUGGGAAUUUACGGCGGAAGUGACGAUGACGAGAAUGACAACCUGUACCUAUUCCAUCAAUUUCCCAGCGGCCGAUGGGCCCAUAUUCCAGACGUAAACAUACAGAAUGUUAAACUGGACGUCUUACAGUUCCAGUUGGACCAUCCAGUGGAAAGAUUUGUCAUCCUGAGGACUAGGACAAAUGUUGACGAGGAAAUGGCUCAGCACAUGGUGACUACACUGGAAGCAGCACUGGCUAUGCGUACAGUCCAAGUUAUAUUGAAACAGCGAAGUGACGACCCUUUUCAAGCCAUCGCUGAGGUUGUGACGUCAUCGCGCGUGGAGCGAACCGUCAAUCAGCUGGAGGAAGAUGGAUACAAGGAAGGCCCUGAUAGAAGUCCUGACGUCACUGUGUGCGAAGGGGACAUCAUCGAGAUCGGUUUCCGUGGCAAUAUCCACCACAGUCGCGACGUCACUCUGGAGAUACCGUUCAAUUCCAACAUGCCAGACAGCAUAAGGUUCACCCUUUCAGAAGUCGAUCGCUAUCUCCAGAGGAACUUUCCCCUUUUCCGAGGAUUCGUCCAGUUUUACCGGAAACAUCCAAUACGAAAAAAGCACAACUCUCGUUCAAAAUACCACCAGAGGCCUGACGAAGACGAGGUUCCGUUGGAACCGGAACCAGUGCACUACCAAAGAGAGUUACUGACAGAGCUCAUGGUGAAGAUUCCCAAGUACCACGUACGAUCCAAUCCCGUUCCGGCGACCGCUAAAUUCAAGAUCGUAAACAAGAGCGAUCCAGUUGACGAAGACCUUGUACGCUACUUGGCAGAGAGCCUCGGAGACGAAUGGUUCAAGUUAGCACAUCAGCUAAACAUUUGUCAUUCCCGGAUACAAGCCAUCAUUCGUAACGCGCAGGCGCAAGACCAGACCGAAGACUUCGCAAAAUACCAAAUGAUUAUGACCUGGUUGAAGCGAGCCCCAAAAGCCAGUAAUAAGAUUGACACUCUGACAACAGCUUUAGUGCGAAGCGGAAGAUACGACCUAGCCGACGAUCUACGCCUGCGCCAACAAAAAUUUCAAGAGAUGCACAAAGGAAGAGAAAUUUGUACCUAGUUUGAAAUAUAUAUUGUCUUAUUAUUCCUAUUUUGACAUUGAAUGUGAGAUAAAAAUAAAACUUUCCUC